AUGGAAGAUAUUUUGCCAACACUUAAGUUGAGUUAUGAUCAUCUUCCGUCGCAUUUGAAACAUUGUUUUGCAUAUUGUAGAUUAUUUCCUAAAGAUUAUGUGAUGGACGUGCAAACAUUAACAAAUUUAUGGGUGGCACAAGAUUUUAUCAAGGCCUCAGAGCCAAAUCAAUGUCUAGAAGAGGCGGGUUAUGACUGUUUUAAGGAAUUACUUUGGAGAUAUUUCUUUCAAGUUGUUAAAAAAGAUGAAUGGGGCAACAUAGCAACAUGCAAAAUGCAUGAUCUCAUGCAUGACCUAGCAAUAUUUGUGGCUGGAACAAAGUGUGCCACAUUAAAUGGAAAUGAUAGAAACAUUAACAAAAAGACUCGUCAUGUUUCAUUCGACUGCAACUCGAAUUCACAUAUGUUUGGAGAAAUGCUACCUUCACUAAUUGAAGCUAAAAAGAUUCGGUCGGCGAUUAUAGUCUGCAAUGACAAUUUCACUCACCGGGGAGUUAUAAUAGGAACAUUUCGAACGGCUCAAUAUUCACUUUGUGAUGCAAUUGGCUCAAAUUUGAAGCUGCUUCGCACUUUAAAUUUGCAAAAUUUGAAUAUGAGAGAAGUGCCUAAAUCCAUUGGAAAGUUGAAGCAUUUGAGAUAUCUUGAUCUUUCUGAAAACUGGUUUGAGGCACUACCGAAUAGUAUCACCAAAUUGCAUAAUUUGCAAACACUGAAGCUCAACUCUUGCAAACAGCUUGGAAUGUUGCCUAAAAACAUUAAUAAACUAGUCAACCUCCGGAAUCUUGAUAUUAACAGUUGCACUGGAUUGAAAUGUAUGCCACAUGGGUUAGGUCAAUUGACGAGUCUGCGGAUAUUAUCAAAGUUUGUAUUGUGUUUGGAUAUUGACUAUGGCCAUAAAGGUGGUGAGCUUGAUGAAUUAGAGACUCUAAACAAUUUGAGAGGGCAUUUGACAAUUGAAAAUUUGAAACAUGGGGAAGAUGCUAUCCAACAAUCCAAGGCUGCAAAGCUGAAAGAAAAACAAUAUCUUCAAUCCUUAGAACUGUCAUGGUGUGGUAUUGUGGAUGUUCAUUCAAUUGAGGCAGGGCAUCAUGAACUGCAAGUGGAAGGUCUCCAACCACAUCCAAAUCUUAAAUCAUUGUCUUUGAGUAGCUACAACGGCAUCAAGUUCCCAAGUUGGGUUAUGUCACUAACAAAUCUGGUCAGAUUUGUGUUAGUUUCAUGCUCUAAGUGCCAACAUCUACCUCCCCUGCAUCAACUUCCUUCUCUUAAGCAAUUGAGACUAGAAAGGUUGCACAGUCUUGAGUUUAUUUCAAACAACAGUGCAGGUGGUGACAUGUCAUGCUCCUCAUCAACACCAGCACCGCUAUUCUUUCCAUCCCUAGAGGUUCUGAUGUUGAAUGACUUGCCUAAUUUAAAGGGAUGGUGGAAGGAUGGUGAUCCUUUUGACAUAUUGCCCACAUUUCCUUAUAGUCUUUCCAUGAUAGCUAUAUGGAAAUGUCCAAAGUUGACAUGCAUGCCACUUUUCCCAUAUGUAAGCAAAUCCAUAAACUUGCAGAAUAGCAGUUGGAAACCAUUCCAACAGACAAUCCUCAGUGGUGCAGGACCAUUACCGACUUCAGCAACAAAUAUUAUUGAACCCUCAUCAUCAGCAGCAGCAAUUUCGUUGUCGUCCUUCUCUUCUCUGUCCCAAUUGACGACUUUGAUUAGUAGUUGGAUACCAUUCCAACUGACAAUCUUCAGUGGUGCAACAACAUUACCAACUUCAGCAACACAUACAGAAGCGUCAUGGCCAUCAACUUCUUCGUUGUCAUUCACUCCUCUCUCCCAAUUGACAAGUCUUAUUAUCAUUAACAUUGAGGAUCUAAAAUUCUUACCAGAUUACCUGAAAAGCCUCACAUCCCUCAAGACUUUGCAUAUUUCUCACUGUGAAGAAUUGAAGUCUCUAUCUCCAGGUAUUCAAAAUCUCACCUCACUUCAGGAUCUAGAGAUUGAAUCAUGCGAGAAGCUCAACAUGUCCGAUGGUGCCGAGGCAAACACUAUGUGGGAACCUCUUCAAAGCCUCCUGUUUCUGAAAUUGAAGGGGCUUCCAAAACUGGUGGAUCUCCCGGAGGGCCUUCAACACCUUACCAGCCUGCAGUUAUUGGAGAUUGAUCGGUGUAGCAAUUUAGUAUCUCUUCGUGGGUGGAUCAAGAGGUUAAAAUCACUUAGAGGCCUCCAAAUAUCCCAGUGUCCGAAAAUGGCCUCACUGCCUGAAGAAAUAAAAAGUCUGAGCUCUCUACAGACACUAUGGAUUCUAGGAUGUAGUACCUUAGGACCAAGGUGUCUAAGGGAUACAGGUGAGGAUUGGCCUAAGAUUGCACAGAUCCCACAGUUGAAAGUUGCAGAUUGUAUCUACUAG